AUGCGGCGCCUCUGCAGGGGGCGUCGUCACACGUCGCGGCAAGCUGCGCCUGGAAAGCGCGCGCCGCCACGUGGGCCCCCUCUGCAGACGAAGCAAAAGGCGCUGCACAGGAGAGAGGAGACUGCGCGACCGCCAGAGAGUCUCUCCGGCAGUCGGCCUCGCGGUCGCGCCGUCAGGCCUGAGGCGCAGGGCACAGGCGGGUCGGCGCGGAAGACAGACGCCCCCGACCGCGGAGGAAGCUGCGCAUUCACGACGGAGCAGAAUCCCGCGCCGCCGCCGGGUGGCAGGGAGCACGCGAGCGCUAUGCGAACCAGCGAAAAGGAGACACCGGGGGCAAGCACGCCCUUCGCCCGGUGUCGGAACAAGAAGGUGGAUGCUGCUGUCCGGACGGAGGACACGAGGAUGCGGGCAGCGCCAGAAGAGAUCAAGAACACCGGCAACACCGUACGCCUAGACGCAACGUAG